GCAUGAAGACUGAAAAAAUAGUAGCCUAGUCUACAAUAUCCCCCAAAACGAGAAUCAAACUGUCAGCCCCGCGAGAAGGAUAGGGGUCUGAGGAUAGAGGGGGGGUGAUAUGUUAUUUACUGGAACAGUCUCACGAGCACCAGAGUGAGAGCGCGCGCUUAAAGGCACCCAGUGAAGAAGACCGGCUUCUUUCCCACUUUGGAAUCUAGUUGUAUUUCAUUCAGCGCGUUCACUUAUUAAAUCGCUGGCAGAUGAAGGAGCUACCCAAUUAUAUCUAUAUUAAAAGGUAAUCCAGCUCCGCUCUGCUGCGGCCUCGGGAGGGAGUCCUGCCUCAUGUGUACAGCAGAACGGGAAUGAGUUAGUGUGAGAGUGAAAAGUAAACCAGAAUCAAGACUGACCCUGCGGAUAGCAAAGGAAAUCACAAUGUGGGGAGAAGAUGAACAGAAUCCAAGGAGAGGAUAAAAUAAUCUCUGAAUAUAUAUAUAUUUUUUUUAAACGAGUUGACUAACACACCACCUCCACUAUGACCAUCCCAACGGUGCUUCUUCUUGUUUUGGUUUGUAUGUGGGAGGAGCAGCGAGGAUGUAGUUCACUAACUGUUAGUUUACCGAUUACAGCUCAGAACAGCCAGGAAGACCUAAUUGAACUGAGGGCUGCAGAAUACUCUCUGGUGAAUCAUGGUCAGAAUGCUGAGGUUCUUAUGACAUCCCACAUCCCACUGACUCCUGGAUUAACAGACAAAGAAAAGAAUGGCAUGGAUGAAAUAGUACAGAUAUCAACUCAAACUCCAGACUUUACCCUUCAAACCACUUUGACUCCCGGAAAGAUAUGGAAUGUAAUUACAUCCAAGAGUGACCAUGUGGAUAAUGGGGAUAAUGUUCACACUCAGUCACUUGAGGCCCAGCAGUCCAUGGAGGCAGAGGCCAAUGGAGACCCCAAACAUCAUGUGAAGCUCCAGACUGUCUCGCAUCCAGAGUCCAGAGUUCUCCCAGAGAGUAUCUCUGGGCGGGGCUUAGUCUCUCGGGGGGCUGGGUUAACUCUAAUAGGGGUGGGGCCUCACUCUCGUCGUAAGCGGAGCUGGCAGUGGAACCAGUUCUUUGUCAUUGAGGAGUACAGAGGACCAGAGCCAGUGCUCAUCGGACGGCUGCACACAGAUAUGGACCGAGGUGAUGGGCGUACCAAGUACAUCUUAGAAGGAGAGGGGGUGGGGUCUGUGUUUGUCAUCGAUGGGAACACGGGCAACAUCCACGUCACCAAGUCCCUGGACCGAGAAGAGAAGGACCAGUACCGCCUCAUCGCCACAGUAACCGACCGCCAGACGGGCCACGCCCUCGAACCCUCGUCCAUGUUCAUCAUCAGAGUGCAGGACAUCAAUGACAACCCACCUGUCUUCCAGAAUGAGCCAUACAGCACCACUGUGCCCGAGAUGGCCAAUAUAGGUACAUCCAUAAUCCAGGUGACAGCCACGGAUGCAGACGAUCCUACGUAUGGUAACAGUGCCAGGCUGGUGUAUGCUGUGACCCAGGGCCAGCGGUAUUUCUCUGUGGAUCCUCAGACAGGUGUCCUGCGUACUGCUGUAACUGACAUGGACAGGGAGAGUCAGGACACCUAUCUGGUCGUCCUGGAGGCCAAAGACAUGGGGGGGCACCUGGGGGGGAUGUCAGGGACGACCACAGUCACUGUGAGGCUGAGUGACGUCAACGACAACCCCCCUCACUUCAGAAAGAGUGCCUGGUCAUUCUCUAUCUCUGAGCUGGCAGCACCAGGAGUGGAGGUGGGUCGCCUCUCGGCCACAGAUGCUGAUCUGGGAGAGAACGCCAUGCUGGAAUAUACCAUCCUGGACGGAGAGGAGGGGGACACAUUUAACAUCACCGGAAGAGACCAAGAGGCUGUCAUUGUGUUAAACAAGCUGCUCGACUAUGAGAGGUGCGGUUCCUACUCAUUCUCAGUGGAGGUUAUGAACCCCGUAGUGGACGCACGGUUCCUACGGAAGGGUCCCUUUAAGGACCGGGCGACCGUACGGGUCAUGGUCCUCAAUGCAGACGAGCCCCCCCGCUUCUCCCGGUCACGUUACCGUCUAGAUGUGCCUGAGAACUGUCCCCCUGUCUGCAGCGUGGGUCGGGUGUCUGCUGUGGACCCAGACACGGGACAAAGCUCCAACAUCAGGUACUCUAUUGACCCUCAGUCUGACCCUGAGGCUCUGUUCCGUAUUGCUUCUGACAGCGGCCUUAUCACCACGGUGAUGGAGUUGGACCGGGAGCGCGAGCAGUGGCAUAAUAUCACUGUCAUCGCCACACAGAGAGACAAUCCUAACCUUGUGAGCAGAGUUGUGGUUGCCAUAGAGACGCUGGACCAGAAUGAUAAUGCACCAGAGUUGGACAGGCAGUACACAACGUCUGUGUGUGACUCCAGUACCCCUGGACAGGUUGUUCAGGUACUGCGGGCGGUGGAUAGGGACCAGGAAGGACAGGACGCCACAGUCCACUUCAGCAUCCCUCCAGAGUCCAGUUCUGCUCUAAACCUCACCAUCAGGGAGAGUGGAGGUGCCACAGCGAGACUGGUGCUCCAGUCGGCCCUGCAGCCCCUCGCUGGCUUCUCCUCCUCCCUCCUCACCCUGUACGUGCCCAUCGUGCUGCGGGAUGGGGCGUCCGGCCUCACCAACACCGGGACGGUCACCGUCACCGUGUGUCCAUGUCUGAGAGGAGGCAUGCAGGCCGAGGAGAGGGGCAGGCAGAGGGACAGGGGCUGGGAGAGACAGACAGUAUGUCUGCCCCUGCCCUCCGCCUCUCCAUCCCUCAUCUUCAGUAUGGUCACCUUGCUGGCCCUGCUGGCCUGUGUCACCACGCUGCUGGUGGUCUGUGCUCUGUCUCUGUCUCUGCGGCAUCAGAAGCGAGACUCCCACUCCCCAUUUGAGGAGGAUGAUGUGAGGGAGAACAUCAUUACCUACGAUGACGAAGGGGGAGGGGAAGCAGACACUGCUGCCUUUGACAUCACCGCGCUCCAGAGCAUGCACAGAGUACAGCGCAUGCAGGACAGCAGGAACAUAUGGUACACACAGCAGAAUCAGGCCAGGGCUAGGACGUACAGCUGGAGCCGGACCCCACACUCUGCUUUGGACCCCAGGCAUCCAGGCUCAACCCCUGUGUACGGACACCUCUGCUACAGCAUCCACACCCUGCCUGUCCUCAGAGACCUUCCCGAGGGGCGCACUCCAUUCCAGUCGGGUCUGCAGCUGGCCAAACUGAUGGAAACCUAUGGGCUUCCUGGCCAUCAGAUGGGUAACGUUAAUAAUUCCCUAGUCAUCCAGAACCAGGGCUCAUUUGAUCUGCUAGAGUCUGGAGCGGUUCAUCUCAAUCCUGCUGAGCCACGGUUCCCCAGCAGAGAAGGACCAGAGAGCAUGAUGGCUGACAGCAGACCCACAGAGAGAGAGGGAGGCAGGGAGACCAACACUGACAACCAGCAACAGCAGCUGCAUCCGGACCAGGGACCAAUCAGGACACAGCCUGAGUCUGUACUGACAGAUGAAGCACUGGUUCUGACCUACUCUGUCCCAAAUGGCUCGUGCUCCCAGAGUCACAGCAGUAGCAUCUCUUCCUCAGAGCAGCAGGAGAACAAGACAGAGUCCUCUCCCUCACAGACCACCACCACCACUGGAGCUUCCAGCUCUGCAGUAGAUGACACAGACACAGAUUCCUCUACUCUCCCCAGCUCAGAGAAGAAUGAAGACACUGUUGGUGACACCCACACUAAAACACUGGGGGAGUCAACAUACAGCAUUGUGGGUUCACUAAACCAGGGCAGUGGAGGGAUACCUGUGACCGGGACUACUUUGUAUCCAGGCAGUGCAGAAUUCCUGAACAUGUACGCGCUUGGUAGGAGCCUCUCUGGAGGCAUGCUGGGAUACGGCAGGGGGUGGGGCUGUGCACGGGGACUGGUGUCUAACAGGGCAGGGGAAAAGGGUGGGGCUAACUGUAACCCCUCCCUGCCUUUGAGGAUGGAGGACUUCCUGAAGCACCGUUUGGACCAGGUGACUGACCUAUCCCAGCCACCCUACGACUCACUGCAAACCUAUGAGUUUGAGGGGGGGGACUCCCGGGCAGGGUCACUGAGCUCACUGGAAAGCGAGGGCGAGAGGGAGGAGGAGAGAGGGAGGGAAACGGUAGACGAGUUGGACCAGAAGUUCCAUAGGCUAGUGAAGAUAAUCGAAGAGAGAGAACAAGAAAAGGAGUGUGAGAGAAGUUCAGUGGAGGAGACGACACGGGCAGAAGAUAGAAGCCAGGGUUUGGAUGUCAACGAUAUGAGCAAAACAGAGAGUGUUGAUGAAGAGAAAGAGGUCUCAAGGUGGGAUUUUUAGGGAACCUGCAAAUCAAAGAGACUGAAUAGGAGUUUGGAAAGGAGAGAGAAACACUCCAACAGAUGCAAUUUAAAAGCAAUACGGGGGUGUUAUGCACGACUUCAGAGAGAAAAUUGUUCUGUUCUGUUCUGUUCAAUGACUAAACUUCCUGCUUGUUGGCUAUGCAGCACAGCUGAGACAUGCCGGAGGAUCCAUUAGCACAUCUCAUAAACUCACCCUUGUGUUUAUUAAACAGCAUAUCAAAAAUGUCACUUUUAGACUUUCCUUGUAACGGAUAUGAAUAAUGCACCUAGGCUUUCUACACUGAAGUUAUGAAAAAUGCACUUUCUGAAAUAUUGAUUCCCAGCCCUGAAAGCUGCAUUGUUGGAAAAUAGGCCUCAUGAAAAAUGAAAGGGAAUCGUGAUAUUUAAUGUUUGAUAGUUAAUUAGGUGCACUUUCACUUAGAACACUGUUGUUCCCAAAGGCGACAUUUAAACAUGGAUAACUGAAUUGAACUCAUUCUAAAAAGCAUACCAAUUCCACACUUCUACACUUGCAUACUGUAGGCAUACACACAGACACACACUUAUAGAGCUAAUGUGAAUAUAUAAGGGUGAAUCUGUGCACAUUACAUCCAGUCAAAUGAAAGCUGUUCGGGUGAUGAUAUUAUGUCACAAUCAGGAGGUAGCUCUUCAGAAUUGUAUAGACUUUGACACCCAGGCUAUGUAUUGUCCCAGUAAUUAUAAUCACAGUAAUAGGUUCUAUGAAACACUAUGCAAUUUGCACACUGACUAGACAUAAUACGUCUUUGAAGAAAGAAGCCUUGUAAAAAGUUGAAUAUGUUUCCUACUAUAUCGACAUGAUUAUGUGCAUACUGUAAAUAUCAUCCUCUGCCAUGUGGUGAUUAUUGAGUGGAGGAUUUCACACAGACCACGAAAGUGUCCCUUUAUGACAAACACUGUCAUUAUUUCAUCAUUUGUAGUGAUUAAAUGGUUGGUGUUAAAGAAGA